AUGUGUCUCUAUUACCAGCUUGCCGUAACGGAUCGCUCGUGGAAAGUCCAAAUUCUGGACUCAUUACAGCAGCUUCUAGGCGGUAUCUUUCUCCGGAUCGUGCUAACUACGUCACGCCUCUCCAUGCGCCAGACAGUCACAGUACUGGAUCUCCAUGUGCUAUAUCUAUUUGUAUCACUUCGCCAAACAACUAACCUGCGUUUAUACAUAUUCGGUCGGGCCGUCAAGCCUAGAAUGGCCGCGAUCACCUGA